AUGAAAUCACAGGUAUCCUUUCCUCUGUUUUUAUUGCUACUCUUUGCGCUCAUUUAUUGUCAUUCUCUUUUUAUUGCUACCCUUUGCUCUCAUUUAUUGUCAUUCUCUUUUUAUUGCUAUUCUUUGCUCUCAUUUAUUGUCAUUCUCUUUUUAUUGCUAUUCUUUGCUCUCAUUUAUUGUCAUUCUCUUUUUAUUGCUAUUCUUUGCUCUCUCAUUUAUAGUUAUUCUUUUUUAUUGCUAUUCUUUGCUCUCAUUUAUUGUCAUUCUCUUUUAUUUACCCUUUGCUCUCAUUUAUUGUCAUUCUCUUUUUUAUUACCCUUUGCUCUAAUUUAUUGUCAUUCUCUUUUUAUUGCUAUUCUUUGCUCUCAUUUAUUGUCAUUCUCUUUUUAUUGCUAUUCUUUGCUCUCAUUUAUUGUCAUUCUCUUUUAUUGCUACCUUUGCUCUCAUUUAUUGUCAUUCUCUUUUUUAUUGCUAUUCUUUGCUCUCAUUUAUUGUCAUUCUCUUUUUAUUGCUACCCUUUGCUCUCAUUUAUUGUCAUUCUCUUUUUAUUGCUACCCUUUGCUCUCAUUUUUGUCACUCUUUUUAUUGCUAUUCUUUGCUCUCAUUUAUUGUCAUUCUCUUUUUAUUGCUAUUCUUUGCUCUCAUUUAUUGUCAUUCUCUUUUAUUGCUAUUCUUUGCUCUCAUUUAUUGUCAUUCUCUUUUAUUGCUACCCUUUGCUCUCAUUUAUUGUCAUUCUCUUUUUAUUGCUACCCUUUGCUCUCAUUUAUUGUCACUCUUUUUAUUGCUAUUCUUUGCUCUCAUUUAUUGUCAUUCUCUUUUUAUUGCUAUUCUUUGCUCUCAUUUAUUGUCAUUCUCUUUUUAUUGCUAUUCUUUGCUCUCAUUUAUUGUCAUUCUCUUUUUAUUGCUACCCUUUGCUCUCAUUUAUUGUCAUUCUCUUUUUAUUGCUAUUCUUUGCUCUCAUUUAUUGUCAUUCUCUUUUUAUUGCUAUUCUUUGCUCUCAUUUAUUGUCAUUCUCUUUUUAUUGCUACCCUUUGCUCUCAUUUAUUGUCAUUCUCUUUUUAUUGCUACCCUUUGCUCUCAUUUAUUGUCAUUCUCUUUUUAUUGCUAUUCUUUGCUCUCAUUUAUUGUCAUUCUCUUUUUUGCUACCCUUUGCUCUCAUUUAUUGUCAUUCUCUUUUUUUAUUGCUAUUCUUUGCUCUCAUUUAUUGUCAUUCUCUUUUUAUUGCUAUUCUUUGCUCUCAUUUAUUGUCAUUCUCUUUUUAUUGCUACCCUUUGCUCUCAUUUAUUGUCAUUCUCUUUUUAUUGCUAUUCUUUGCUCUCAUUUAUUGUCAUUCUCUUUUUAUUGCUACCCUUUGCUCUCAUUUAUUGUCAUUCUCUUUUUAUUGAUACCCUUUGCUCUCAUUUAUUGUCAUUCUCUUUUUAUUGCUAUUCUUUGCUAUCAUUUAUUGUCAUUCUCUUUUUAUUCCUAGUCUUUGUACAAUGA